CAGAAGUGAAUAAGAUGUGGCCCCUGCCUUUAAGAGGAUGGCCUUGUUGGGAAAUAGACACAUAGCAACCUUAGUUGAUGAUGAGACGAAGUGUGUGCCGUGGAAGGGGCACAGGUACCAUGCUUGGAGGACGGAGGAAGAGGUCUUCAGUUCUGACGGAGGAGGGUCUGGGAAGGCCUCAUGGGAGAGGAGAAGCUGGUACACUAGUUUCACAAGAACCCAGAGAUGGUCAGGGGCAGGCAUUGGGUCAGAGAGCAACAGGAGGUCUGUCCCUUCCUGCACCUGGGGCACAUUGUCCUUGUCCAGACUUCCCUUUGUUAUUUCCUCCCAUCCACCCACCCCCACCCCCAAUAAUCAAAAUCAAACUUUGCUCAAUCCCACCUGUUCUGGAAAAAUCUGUUUCCAGUACACAACUCUGCUAUUCCUAAACUCCAUUAAGAGUUAUUGUCUCUCCCAUAUACUUGACUGUCUUUUGCCAUGUCUCUAAUUGUUAUCUUAAUGCCGUAAGAAAACAAGAGAAAUUGGGUUUCUUUAAGUUCAAGGAAUAUCAUAUAACACUUCUUUGGACUUCCCACUGGCCUAGGUCAGUGAUUGUACAUGGUAGAUUCCUAGUUAAGCAUUAACUAAAUCGAGUGGUUUUUGAAUUAUAAUGUGUCAUGAGUUGAGUCUGAAACCUAAGUCUGUAUCCUUUACCCUCUUCCCGAAAGGCUUUCUUAUCCAGACUUGUCCGGGCUCAGCCUGUCUGAGAUACACUGUCUUAACUCAGAUUCCAUGCAUGGGCCAUAUCCAUGAUGUGGGAAGCACUCCAGAAAAGUCAGGUUAACACACAUGUAACAUCUUGUUAUCACAGUGUGAAAACUGAGUCAUUCGUGUUCCUCCCUGUGUCCCGAUAAUCACGAGUCAGUUAAAGCUUGUCUCUCAGAGUAUUAUCUAGGGGGAAAAACAUUUCCCCAUUUAUUUAAAGGGUGUAUUGAUAUAGUGAAUACAUUUUACACAAUUUGCAAAAGACCCUUAGACCAGUCGCUCACUCAGAAAAAGAACUCAAGAUAUCUUGUCAGCCAGCUUGUUUUAGUUCAAUACAGCCAAGACAGUACCACUGUUCUUUUGAAAGCUUUUUUCUUCACAUCUAUGUUGCCUUCUUUUAUUUUAUUUAAAAAUAUUUUUUAAACAUCUUUAUUGGAGUAUAAUUGCAUUACAUUGUUGUGUUAGUUACUGCUGUAUAACAAAGUGAAUCAGCUAUACAUAUACAUAUAUCCCCAUAUCCCCCUCCCUCUUGCGUCUCCCUCCCACCCCUCUAGGUGGACACAAAGCACAGAGCUGAUCUCUCUGUGCUAUGCAGCUGCUUCCCACUAGCCAUCUAUUUUACAUUUGGUCGCGUGUAUAUAUGUCAGUGCCACUCUCUCACUUCAUCUCAGCUUACGCUUCCCCCUCCCCGUGUCCUCAAGUCCAUUCUCUACAUCUGCGUCUUUAUUCCUGUCCUGCCCUUAGGUUCUUCAGAACCACUUUUAUUUAUUAUUUUUUUUAAAGAAGAUGUUGGGGGUAGGAGUUUAUUAAUUAAUUUAUUUUUACUGUGUUGGGUCUUCGUUUCUGUGUGAGGGCUUUCUCUAGUUGUGGAAAGCGGGGGGCACUCUUCAUCGCGGUGCGCGGGCCUCUCACUAUCGUGGCCUCUCUUGUUGCGGAGCACAGGCUCCAGACGCACAGGCUCAGUAGUUGUGGCUCACGGGCCUAGUUGCUCUGUGGUAUGUGGGAUCUUCCCAGACCAGGGCUCGAACCCGUGUCCCCUGCAUUAGCAGGCAAACUCUCAACCACUGCGCCACCAGGGAAGCCCCACUUUUAUUUUUUUUUAGAUUCCAUAUAUAUGUGUUAGCAUACGGUAUUUGUUUUUCUCUUUCUGACUUCACUCUGUGUGACAGACUCUAGGUCCAUCCACCUCACUACAACUCAAUUUCGUUUCUUUUUAUGGCCGAGUAAUAUUCCAUUGUAUAUAUGUGCCACAUCUUCUUUAUCCAUUCAUCUGUCGAUGGACACUUAGGUUGCUUCCAUGUCCUGGCUAUUGUAAAUAGUGCUGCAAUGAUUAUUGUGGUACAUGACUCUUUUUGAAUUAUGGUUUUCUCUGGGUAUAUGCCCAGUAGUGGGAUUGCUGGGUCAUAUGGUAGUUCUAUUUUUAGUUUUUUAAGGGACCUCCAUACUGUUCUCCAUAGUGGCUGUAUCAAUUUACAUUCCCACCAACAGUGCAAGAGGGUUUUGCCUUCUUUUAGAAAGGAUUAAACUAUCUUAACUGUCCAGUAAACAGUAAUACAGUUUGGCAAGUAUUCUAAUUAAAGCAAUAAUGACCAAGCAUCUCAAUAAAGCUCUUAUUUAAAAAAUGACCAAGCACAUUGAUCUGUGCAUUUGCACCUGGAUUUAGGCACUUGCACUUGGGUUUCUAGGAAGAGUGUGUGCCUGAAAGAUCAACACUGAGCAAGUUGCUUUCUAUACGUUUCACUCAGUCACCACAAAACUUCAAUAUAACUAUUAUUAGAUGCCUUUGACAGUGGAGGAAAGGAGGGAUUAAGUAUUUGCCCAAGGUUACAGAGGCAGGGCUGGACUUAAUCUCAGCUGUGUCUAACUCCCACUCUUAAAAUGAGCUUUUGCUUUCAAAACCAAAAAUGGCAGAGCCUGUAUUCAAAAAGAGUUCUAACUUGAGUAAUAGAUGUUGGACUAGAUAAUUCUGACCGUGAAAUUGGAUGAUGACCUUUGCCAACUAAAAAUUGUCACUUGCCACCUGUCUCUACAACGAUUAGGUCACUAGCCCCGGCAGUCACUGACCUUCAACAUACCCUGAAAGGAGUUCAGGGUGGAGAUCAGGAACGAGGCACUCUGUGCCCUGGAAAAAACUGGCAGAACAGGCAUCAGAUAGUUAGAUAUUUUCAGGAGAAGAUUUUAUGAGCCCAGUUGCUUGCAUCUGAUAUCCAGAAAAGCACUAAAAUCAUUAACAGAGACAUCUGUGUGACGAGGAGCAUCCUUCCUGUGACUAGCAGCAGGCCUCUGCCAAAAUGUGUGCUCGGUUGCAGCAUCCCCCCUUCACACAAAUCACACAUACACUGACCUCCCAUCCCCCCUUCACACAAAUCACACAUACACUGACCUCCCACCAGAGCACUUCUUCAGGGCUAUCUGAGAGGUGUAUCCUGGGCUUUAGUCCUCAUUUUGCUCCAAAUAAAACUUAACUCACAACUCUAACGUUGUGUACUCUUUUCAGUCCACACCUUAAAGCCUUUUUUGAAACUUUGGCUGGAUUUAAUUAGUACUGCUAGCAUUAUUUGACAAGAUGGGUACUUUGCAAAUUUGGUACCUCUGGUAAACUCUGAUAGCUCUGAUAAUUGAAUACUUGUGCUACUUUUAAAAGAUUAAUAGAUUCAAGGACCUGCAAACGAUCUACUUCUAAGAGUUAAAAACUGAGGUGAAAUUUACAAGCAGUGAAAUACACAGAUCUUAAGUUGGAUGUUUUGACAAAUGCGUAAUAAAUCCAUGUGAUUCACACCCCAACCGAUAGAAUGUAUCUAUCGUCUUCCAAAGUUUCCUGGGGCCUCUUUCCAAUCACCUGCUCCUCAGGGGCCACCAAAUCUGUGCUACGAUUUCUGUUCCCACACAUUGGUAUGUUAAUGGUAAACUGUAUUGCACUUUGCAGCCUAUUCAAAAACAAGCACGGCUGCUAAGGUGGAACUCUAUUCUCUCGUAUUCUUUUAAAAACACAACUUUAACACUUCUGGAUUAGAGUUUUAAAACUAUGUUACAUUAAAUAACCACUUCUGGCUCCUGAGAAAGAAAAACGAAGAUGCACUUUACCUGAACUGUUCUCUUUUGAACCUCUUCAGUGACAUUCGGGAAACAAAGUUUACAGCCCACCUGUUAUACCACUUCCAUGCCUGACUUGUGGUCCCCCAGAAGACAAUGACACGGGGGCGGAGGGGGGAGAAGUGAUGGAUCGGAAAUGCCGGGAGAAUGCCGGCUCGCCCUUAAACCCGGCUCCCGCCUGCGGGCGGUGGGUGUGCGCGGCUGGCAUCCGCGUCCCCUCCCCGCGGGCCCUCCCCGGCCGCGCGUUUCCUGCCGGGUUUCCCGUCCAGUAGCGGGCCAGCCGGGCGCGGGCAGGGAAGGAUGCGCUGCCCAGGGCGGGCGGGGCGGCCGUCGCAGGCUCCCGGAGCACCCCCCACCCCCGCCCGCCGGGUGCCGCCCUCCUCGCGCCGUCGGGGGCGGACCCGGGCGGGGCUGCGGGAGCGGCGCGCGGGGGCCGGGGGCGCAGUCCCGGGACGCGGGAUGCUCGGUACGCUGCCUCAUCGCGGCCCAGGCCACUCGCCUACCUCGCCACCUCGCCACCUCGCCCGCCGGUCCCAGAGGUGUGGCCGAGUGUCUGAGGCUGACCGUAGAUCGAUGGGUGUUGAGUCCGAAUAGUUGGAACCCUUGAAGAACAGCUUCUGGGAGACUCUGCGUUUCAGAACAGGAUUACUAUUUUAUGAAUCACACUGAACAGAGCCAACGUCUUUUUGAAGUUCUAAUUGCAGGUGUUUUUGAAGAAAAAUUCACCAUUUGGAUGUGAGGAAGGACAUGAGGAGACCAAAGACCUGGGAUUUUGCUGAUCAGAAUGAAACAAAUGUUGAAAGACUUUUCAAAUCUAUUGUUGGUGGUGCUCUGUGACUACGUUCUUGGAGAAGCUGAAUAUCUCCUUCUGGGGGAACCGGGCCAUGUAGCACUAAGCAACAGGACAGUGUCUGUGGAUUUCCAGUAUUUGGAUGGCGCCAAUGGGACGCUGAGGAAUGUCUCUGUCCUGCUGUUGGAGGCCAACACCAAUCAGACUGUUACCACCAAAUACCUCCUGACCAACCAGUCCCAGGGGACCCUCGAGUUUGAGUGCUUCUACUUCAAGGAGGCCGGCGACUACCGGUUCACGAUGACUCCGGAAGCCACAGACAGCAGCCCUCCGGUCCCCUGGUGGGAGAGGAGCGCCUUUCUGAAGGUGGAAUGGCCUGUCUUUCAUGUUGACCUGAACAGGACAUCCAAGGCAGCUGAAGGCACCUUCCAGGUGGGCCUUUUUACCAGUCAGCCGCUGUGCCUGUUCCCCGUGGACAAGCCCGGCAUCUUGGUGGAUGUCACCUUCACCAACAGCCUUCCGGAGGCAAGGAUGAGUCAGGGCCAGCCGCUGGAGAUAAGGGCUAGCAAGAGGGCAGAACUCACUCAAGGCCAGUGGGUUGAGUUUGGCUGUGCACCUGUGGGGCCGGAAGCCUAUGUCACCGUGGUGCUGAAGCUGCUCGGCGGGGACUCGGUCAUUACGUCCACAGGCCCCAUUGACCUGGCCCAGAAGUUUGGAUAUGCACUGGUGAUGAAGCCAGAGCUCACCUGUGAGUCCGGGGUGGAGGUGAGGGUGCUGCCCCCGCCAUGCAUCUUUGUCCAAGGGGUGAUCGCUGUCUUCAGGGAGGCCCCCAGACGCCCUGGGGAAAGGACCAUCCGGUUGGCUGAAAACAGUCUGACCUUGGGAGAAAGGAGAACAGUAUUCAACUGCACUUUGUUUGACGUGGGGAGGCAUAAAUACUGCUUUGACUUUGGCGUCUCAAUCAGAAGCCAGUUUUCUGCAAAGGAGAAGGAGUGCAUGCUAAUUCAGAGAAAUAUAGAAACUUGGGGACUGUGGCAGCCGUGGAGCCAGUGUAGUGCCACGUGUGGGGACGGUGUCAGAGAGCGUCGCCGCCUGUGCCUGCCCUCCUCCCCCUCCCGACCUGGCUGCCCUGGAAUGUCCUCGGAGAGCUCCCCAUGUUCCCUGGAGGACUGUACGGCUUUCCAGCCAUCCAGUCCGUCUCCUUUCCAGCCCCAGACUCCCGUGAAGUCCAACAACAUCGUGACGGUCACUGGGAUAUCCCUGUGCUUGUUCAUCAUCGUGGCCACUGUGCUCAUCACGCUGUGGCGGAAGCUGGGCCGCGCCCCCAAGUGCAGCACCCCAGUCCACCACAACUCCCUGCACGCGCCCGGCUGCCGGAAGAACUCAGACGAGGAGAACAUCUGCGAGCUGAGCGAGCCCCGUGGCAGCUUCUCAGAUGCUGGCGACGGGCCGGCGGGGAGCCCCGCGGGCCAGGGCAUCCCUCUGACCUACCGGCGGAGCGUGCCGGCGCCCCCCGAUGACGAGACCUCGGGCAGCGAGAGCUUCCAGUCCAACGCCCAGAAGAUCAUCCCACCCCUGUUCAGCUACCGCCUGGCCCAGCAGCAGUUGAAGGAGAUGAAGAAGAAAGGCCUGACGGAGACCACCAAGGUGUACCACGUGUCCCAGAGCCCCCUGACGGACACCGCCAUCGACGCCGCCGUCACCGCACCCCCGGGAGGCUCCGAGAGCCCCGAAGAAGCCGCGGCCGGCAAGUUCCGCCUCAAAUCCCCGUUCCUGGAGCAGCCGCCCGCGGUCGGCGCCGGGGACAGGCCCCCGUCCCGGCUGGACCACCCGCUCUCGCCGGCCAGCUGCGCCGUCAGCCCCAGCCAGAGCCUCCUCCGCAAGUCGCAGAUGAGGAGCCACCCCCGGGGGUCCCAUUUCCGGAGGACGGCAAGUUUCCACGAGGCCAGGCAGGCCCGACCGUUCCGGGAGCGGAGCCUGUCCACCCUGACCCCCCGGCAAGCCCCCGCCUACAGCUCCAGGAGCCGGACGUGGGACCAGGCGGGAGAGCGAGUCCGGCCCCCGAGUCGAGGCGCUGCCCUGUUUCCGGAGAAACGGGACCACUGUCCAGGGGCAGGUGGAAGCAGUGGCCCGUUAAGCCCUUUCCCUAAACCCCACACCCUGGGGCAGCCCUCGAGGAAACCAGACCUGGGGGAUCGCCAGGCAGGGUUCGUGGCGGGAGGUGAGAGAACGGAGCCUCACCGGGCUCGGAGGGGACCGUCCCCCAGUCACAGGAAUGUCUCAAGGAAGCGGCCUUCCUCCCCGGCCCCCAGAGAUAGCUACCAGAGGGUCAGUCCUCUGAGCCCUUCUCAGUGUCGGAAGGACAAGUGUCAGAGCUUCCCCGCCCACCCGGAGUUCGCCUACUACGACAACACAUCCUUCGGCCUCACUGAGGCGGAGCAGGGGAUGCUGGACCUCCCGGGAUAUUUUGGGUCAAACGAAGAGGAUGAAACCACGAGUACGCUGAGUGUGGAGAAGCUGGUCAUCUAGACCGAGAUCAGCCUGAGACUUCACACAACAGGGGUCCUUUGCCCACCUCAGGGUAUCAGCUGCUCGCAUUGUUUUGUGGACUGUUUUGUGUAACUAUUUGUACAGCAGGACAGGAUGUGGGGAGGUGGUAACUGACACCGGUGUCCGCAUGUGUUUUAAUUCAUAAGGAAGAAGUUAUUUAUCCGGAGCUUUUCCCUUCGUUAUCCUGUUUCUAUUGGCUUAUUACUGCUAACUCUGAUAAUAAAAAUUUAAACGAGUGCAA